AUGGAAUGGAGACCGCAUUAUCUUGAUAUGAUUCUUGUACCAUUAGCAUAUCUGGUAACCGUUGUUUAUCAUGUUUGGUUGUGGCAUAAAACUCGUACACAGCCUUUUUCCACCACGAUUGGAAUCAAUGCUCAUGCACGACGCUUCUGGGUUCCUGCCAUGUUGAAGGAUAUUGACAAGAAGAACAUCCUAGUGGCACAAAGUCUUCGCAACUUGAUAAUGGGAUCAACCCUUAUGGCGACCACAGCCAUUCUCCUCUCAGCUGGUUUGGCAGCAGUGAUAAGCAGCACUUACAGUGUGAAAAAGCCACUUGAUGAUGUUGUCUAUGGUGCUCACAGUGAAUUCAUGGUAGCACUCAAAUACGUGACACUCCUCACCAUAUUCUUGUUCUCAUUUUUCUGUCACACUCUAUCAAUAAGGUUCCUGAACCAAUUGAGCAUCCUUAUUUGCACACCACAAGAUGCCAUGUCCUUGGUGACCCCAGAGUAUCUGACAGAGAUUUUGGAAAAAGGAACGAUGUUGAACACAGUGGGGAACAGGAUCUUCUACUCAGCAAUGCCUCUUUUGCUUUGGAUCUUUGGGCCAGUGCUGGUUCUCUUGUGCUCUAUUGCCAUGUUGCCUGUGUUCUACAACCUUGACUUCGUUUGUGGGAAAGCAAAGAUGGUGCUGAAUGAUAAAAGUGACUUUGCUUGA